AUGUCUCCCGCAUCGCUUCAUCUCUUUCCAGCUUCGACAACGACUGGUCCAUCAAGACUCCCAAGCCUACGAAAGACACAGAAAAAUGCCACCAACAAAGUCGCACCACCCUCGAGGGAGCUGAAGCUCAAUGGUGUUGCAUUUCAAGUUGUAUCCGCGCCCAGGGUCGCGCCAUCAGUAGAGCCCAUCCAACAUUCGCUUUUUUGUGCCCCCGAACCCGCUCUACCAUCUCCCGCGACAGUUGAUCUCACCGGUGUUUCUGCGCAAGCAAACAAGGGACCAGUGCGUAGGCAUAGCCGAACUCGCAGGCGAUCCAGCCAGAUAGCGAGCAGCCCCGAAACCAACAACAGUAACGCCGCACCUGGUGAAACGGACGAGCUCACAGCAUUACCUAUCAACACGCAAUUCGGUUCCUCAUCACCUCCCAGAAGGAUUCUUUCAUCGCAUCUCAGAAGACCAAACCCAAUCCAAACGGCUGCCCCAAUCGCCAGUCCCAAUAAUGGACUCGCCACACCAACCGACGAAAAUGACAGCCUAUCACCAUUGCCGACCAAGACACGCUUCACACCGCCAUCACCAUCGUUACCAGCCUACAGUCCUCCCAUGAGAUCGAUGUUUCCCACGUACGAUCCGCAGCGCCCUCUAGACGGACAGCGGUACUAUCCUACCUCACGUGCACAGUCACCGGCAGUAUUCACGGGCGAUCAUUCCGCUCAUAUCGCUAGCCCGGUUGAGAAAGCGCCUCUGAAACGCUAUGACUCUGGAGUCGGUCUGAUCAACGGCUACGAGCACAUUCCUGCUGCUGCCCAUGCCGAUCUUGAGGCCGUGUGGAAAGCUUCCGAGGAGGAAUAUCCCUGCGAUGGUCGCAAAGUCCAAUUCGGUCUUUACCAGCCCGAGGGUCAUGGCACUGCUCUUUCCAUUGGCACCUCCCAUGCAGACAUUGUAUACUCCCUCGAGAAAGACAUCACCAUCGAUGCUCCCGUUGACGUCCCCCAACCAAGAGAGUUCGCAGUGAAAAAGCAUUCUCCGACCUCUCCAUGCUCUUCUCCCGUGGCCCAGCUCAUCCUGCCUGCAAAGUCUGCCACAGCUGAGCGUCACAACACAAGCACCGCCAUUUUCCCGCGAAAAGCCGCCAUUGCAGCGAUUGAGUCCAUCUCAAACUCGCCACAAGCUGUUGCAAUCGCCACGUUCGAUCCUACCGCAGAUUCUCCAGAGGCCGCUCGAAUGGCUCAAAAUGCUGUCGCCAUGGCAUAUCGAAAUUACAGCUGCGAUUUGAUCAACAAGACUCGCAGGCAAGACAGUCUCGGCGGUGUCGUCGCGCAGUACGACUUGCGUCAUCCAGUACUGGGAACGUGUGCAGUUACCGUGACCAAAUCGCAAUCAGCGACGUCGUCCACGGGACCUAGAGCUAAAAUUGCUUUCCACCAUCCGUCUGCAACACCUGCCGCCAUCGAGGCCGACACGUUGAAUCUUGCCUUUCUUGAUUUCGCCCACAAUGCCUGUGUACUCGACAUCCCGGGGCUGAUUGCACUGGACAGUCACUAUGUCAUUGACACCGUUGUGUGUGCUCUCCUGGCAGUGGCGGUGAUUGAGAAUGAUGCUUUGGUAGCUGGUGCAGUGGUAUUCGAAGCUCCACCUCGAACUCCCUUACCGAGAGCUAAGAAACAAGCUAUUCAUACAACAGAAGCUUCGUCCUCGGACAUCUCGAAGAAAUGGUUCAAGCGGUCUGACUCGAAAAAGGAGACACAAAUGGUAGUCGUCGAGGACGAGAAGGAAGAGCAGGUCAAACUGCCUAUAAUUGCAAGAGGCGCAAUCAAAGUCGUUGGUCUCACAUUUAGAGUCGGGUUUUGGGGCGUGAAGGUCACAGCAAAGGCUGUCGUGGGUGCCGGAAAGGUAUUACUCAAGUAA